AGUAGGUCAAAACGCUAGACGAUGAAUUAUAGAAUUUUUUUUACGCUAUAAAGUGCAAUUUUCCUUAUGAGAUGAUCUAAAUUCUAAGAACGUAUAGGAUUGUUGUCUGGUGAAGGUCGUUUGAUCUAAUCAGAGCCGUACAAAUGUAACAAACGUGGCUUUAUAGUAAUGAAGCCACGUAAUGCUGACGUGGUAGUGGUCGACGUAUCUUCUUAUCAUUUCCUCGAACAGAAGAGACAAGAACCGAUUGGGAGAGAUUCUUACCGUCCCACUUUCUCCUCUUCUUUUGUCUGAUAAACCCCAAAUCAAGGCAGAAUAUCCAGAAAGAAAAAAAGAGCUCAUAAACCCUAAAGUCUGAAUAAUAAUUAUAGAAACGAAACGAUUAUAGAAUCUAGAAGAACGAUCUGAAGCUUGAAGUUAGCUCAUUUCUAGGUGGGUUCGUUGAGAAAACACCUUCUUCUUCUCGGUUUCACUUCACUAAGAUUCUGUGUUCAAAUUCCAAGUAAAGCGUUGAUGUUGAUGAAAGAAGGAUCAGAAAUAACAUUGAGGGUCUCGAAAGUCAGUUUCUAUUCCACUGUUCGUACAAAAGUAAGGAUUUUUGCGUAAUUGUUUGUAGGUGUUUAGACAAAACUGGGUGAGGAAAUCUUGUAAGUAUGUCGAGCAAAACACCACGGGAUGUCCUAGAAGGUCUGGUCAAAGAUACUUCGCUCAAAUGGUUGCUUGGGAAGCAAACUUCUAUGGAUGAUGAAAUCGAGGAGAUUGAGAAUUCUCCUUCCGCUGGAUCGAACUGGAUACCUGAGCUUUCUCCAGUUGCAAACGUGGUUAACCGCAGGUGUUCAAAAAUACUUGGCGUCUCUGUAAACGAGCUGCAAGAUAGUUUCAGACAGGAGGCGUCUGGAUCUGUGAAGCAGCCUUCAAUGUUUCCGCGCAACUUUCUAGAGUACUGCUGUUUCAGGGCACUUGCUCUCUCUGUGGGAGUCACAGGUCAUCUAAGUGAUAAGACGUUUCGGCGUUUAACUUUCGACAUGAUGGUUGCUUGGGAGGUCCCUUCCGCUGCUAGCCAGUCAUUGCUCAGUGUUGAUGGGGAUUCAACCGUCGGAUUAGAAGCCUUUUCCCGGAUUGCUCCAGCUGUUCCGAUAAUAGCUGAUGUCAUCAUAUGCGAAAACUUGUUUGGGGUGCUGCAGGCUUCUUCUUCUUCAUCAAAUGGUCUUCGGCUUCAUUUCUCUGUUUAUGACAAGUACUUGUAUGGACUUGAAAGAGCAAUAAAGAAGAUGAAGAGCCAGUCCGAGUCAUCUCUCCUUUCUUAUGUUCGAUCAAAAGGAGAAAAGAUUCUUGAGAUCGACGGGACAGUUACUACACAACCAGUUCUUGAACAUAUUGGAAUGUCUACAUGGCCAGGUCGCUUGAUUCUGACUGACCAUGCUCUCUAUUUUGAGGCUAUAAAGGUUGUCUCUUUCGACACACCAAAGCGUUACAGCUUAUCUGAAGAUCUGAAACAAGUCAUUAAACCCGAAUUAACCGGUCCUUGGGGGACUCGGCUUUUCGACAAGGCAGUCUCUUACAAAUCUAUUUCCCUACCAGAACCGGUAGUAAUGGAGUUCCCGGAGCUCAAGGGCCACACACGAAGAGAUUACUGGCUAGCGAUAAUCCGGGAGGUGUUGUAUGUUCACAUGUACAUGAACAAGUUCAAGAUCGGCACCGGUGUGGCAAAAGAUGAAGCCAUCUCAAAAGCAGUGCUUGGCAUUUUGCGCGUGCAAGCCAUUCAAGAACUCGGUUUAACAAACCCAGUGCGUUACGAGAACCUUCUCCCCUUCAAUCUCUGUGAUCAGCUUCCUGGUGGAGAUCAUAUUCUUCAGACGCUUGCAGAGAUGUCGAGCUCGAGAGUGCUUGACCGGACAAACAAAGCCAAAGAAGGGACACUGUACUCUAUCUCAGCCUCAGAUAUGGUUUCCCAGUUGGGUUUGGUGUUUGGAACAAGCCCAAGGAGUAGUCUUGUGGUAGGCGAAGUUGUGGUUGGAGAUGUGAACCCAUUGGAGAAAGCAGUUAGGCAAUCAAGAAAGAACUAUGAGAAAGUGGUUUUAGCGCAAGAGACAGUUAAUGGAGUCAAAGUUGAUGGAAUCGACACCAAUUUAGCUGUGAUGAAGGAGUUGCUACUUCCAGUAAUGGAAAUCGGGAACUGGCUUUUGUCGUUAGCGUAUUGGGACGAUCCAGUGAAGUCUUUUGUCUUGUGUCUCUUCUCAACGUUCAUAAUUUACAGGGGAUGGGUUGGCUAUGUUUUUGCGUUUGCGUCUCUCUUCAUAGCGGGUUUCAUACUUCUCACAAGAUGUUUCAGCAAAAGAGAGAAAGUAAUGAUCGAGCUGAAAGUUAUGGCCCCGGCUCCUAUGAACACCAUGGAACAGCUUUUAGCAGUUCAAAACGCUAUUUCCCAGCUAGAACAGUUAGUCCAGGAUGCAAACAUUGUUCUCCUCAAGCUCCGAGCUUUACUACUCUCUCUUUUCCCACAGGCAAGUGAGAAGUUUGCGGUUGCAAUAGUAGCCGCUUCGACUAUGAUGUUACUGUUGUCUUGGAACAGAUUAAUCAUGGUGGUAUUUCUUGAGCUGUUCACAAGAUAUUCACCUCCGCGGAGAGCAAGCACAGAGAGACUGAUGCGGCGGCUUAGAGAGUGGUGGUUCAGCAUUCCUGCCGCUCCUGUGAUUCUCGAACAACAGAACAAAGAUGAUAACAAGAAAACCAAGUAGACGAACCAACUGUGUAACGUUUAAUAGUGAUGUAAUUAUUAUAGAGAAAGUACUAAACAAUGGUAAAAUCAUCUUGCAAAAUUAACCAUUUUAUUCGUAGUAAUAAUCACACAAC